UUGAUCAGCAGCUACUUAAACUCAGGUGUGUGCUGCCCUCUGAAUCACGCUGUGUGUUACGCUGUGUCCCAACGAGGUAAAGUGACUUAGUUUCUACCACAACAGACCGGUUAGUGUGAAACAUUUGAAGCAGUAUUUCUAGCUGUUAGCAGCAGUUAAUGAGGUUUUAUUUUGAUGAAAUUCCUCUUUAGUGGCUCAGUUUGUUGAAUGUUUGACUCCUUCUUCAUCUCAUUGGAUUAGGCUUCAUGUGAGUGAUUUUACUCCCAGUAUUUGAUGAAAGUUUUAAACUGUUUCAGUUUGGGAGUCUGAAUCAGUUCUUCACUUCAAGUUCAGAGUAAGGUAGUAAAAAUGGAUGACUGAGUAAAAGGACACAGUUGGAUUGAUCAAAGGUGAAUAAACCAUCAAAGAAGAGUGUGUGAAGGUUUCAGCCUCUUUAGAUUCAAAUCUUUUACAGUCAUUCAACAUUUCAGGCUGAACAAAAUCUAAUUUAGAGUCUCAGUUUCCAGCUGUAGAUAACAGACUGCUGAAAUAUAUUGAACAAAGUGGUCUGACUGAAGUGUUAAUAGUGCUAAACUGAAGAAAGUAAAAAGGGUUGAAAAAGGGAUGGAGUGAAUAAAAAGGUGUGCUGCAGAGAAGAGUGUUGCAGGUACUAAAUAAAAGGUGAAAAAGGAGUGUCAAUAAUCUGGUCAUUGAAUGAAUUUAGUCUGAUAGUUUCGAUCAGACUUGUGUUAGUGUGACUGUGGGCAGAGUUGGACCUUUUUCCCACUGUGUCAGAAUCUGUGCUGCUCUGGUUUACUGACCAUCUGAACCUCAGUGUGGAGGCUGAACCCUUUCAUCUCUGUGUAGACUGAAUAUGGCGGCAGCGGCAGCAGCUUUUAACAGACCUCCACCAGCUCAUCCAGGACCAAACACCGAGAACCUCUCCUCCUCCUACUACAACAGCAGCCGGGCAGAAAACUCUGGACAGCAGGAUCCAGGUCAGCAAGGCACCAGCCGGGAUGUUGGACCCCACAUGUCUGCCCGUCCCGUCCUGUACGUCCCUGUUCCACCUCCACACCCUUUCCUCCACUACCAGUGGCCCAUGCCCUUCUCCUAUAACCCCUUUACUGGCUUUCCAGGCAUGGGUAAGUCUGUGUUUUGACAUGUUCAAGUGAUGGUUUGAUUCAGGUGGUAGAAAACUGAAUUUUCUACCUCCUAUCUUGAGUCAAGUUCAAAUGACCAAUACUGUCCGCACUCUGAUCAUCAGAUAUCAGUCAAAUCCAGCGGUCCUGAGACAUGGAACAGGCCAAACUGUGUUCUGAUUCUGUCUUUAUAUUCAUGUCAGUUCAGCUGUAGUCUAGAAACAGCUCAAUGGAACUUUUUUUCCUUCAAAUCUAAUAAUUUUUGAUCUCUGCUAACAUCCUUUAGUUCAGCGUAGUGUUGACUUGUGUAGAGUGUGGAGCUGUAGUAUUGAGUUGGAGCAGCUUGUCCAGGUGUUCAUAAUGUUCUGGUAGCUCAGUGUAUGUAUCCCAGAACAUCACACAUCACUACUGUUUGACUAUACACAGACAUAAAGCCAGAUGCAGUCCUCAGUCUAUCUUCAUAGAGUUCAGGUCUAGAGCUGGUACCAGUGUUGUUCUAGAUCAUGUUUCCAAUGAGUUUCUUGUUUCCAAGGUUGAACCUGUUUUAUCCUGUAUUUGUGAAGGCAGUGAUGGGCUGUUUUAUUGAGGAGCCCAUGCAGUGAUUCUCACUCCAGAGUCAUGUCUGUUUUGAUGCAGUGCUGCCUGAGACUCGAAGACCAGAGCCAUCCAGUGGUGGUUCUUAGUCUUGUUUCUUUCAAUGAUAUCAUGGACUGUAGAUGAUGAAACCCUCAUGAAUUCUCAUUUUGAUUCUUUGUCAUUGAAUGCCGGCAAACAUGCUUGUAUUGGACUAUUUGCUCUGGCAGUCUUUCCACACAGGGUGGUGAAUCUCUGAGACUGACCCUGUGUGAGUCUUUUGUGUGUGAACUCUUCAGAGGAUCCUCAGAAUCACCAAAUACAUUCAAGCACAGUGGUUCUCAAGUCCAGUCCUCGAGGCCCACUGUCCUGCAUGUUUUGGAUGUUUCCCUGCUCCAACACACCUGAUUCAAAUGAUCAGCUCGUUAUCAAGCUCUGUAAUGGCUUACUAACGAGCUGAUCAUUUGAAUCAGGUGUGUUGGAGCAGGGAAACAUCCAAAACAUGCAGGACAGUGGGCCUUGAGGACUGGACUUGAGAACCCCUGUUCUAGCAGAAUGAAAAUGUUCAUCCUCAACCUUGAUUUCUCUUCAUUUCAACAAUAUAUUUAUUUUUAUCCACCAGGCUACGGUAUGGUGAUGCCCCCCAUCCCCCCUCCUCUCCCCUUCAUGGAGGCUCCAGCCUACGUUUUGCCUCAUCCUCACAUCCAGCCGCUGGACGCUAGACGCUUUCCCUACCCCUCAGUCCCUGUUUCUGCUGCACCCUAUCGGUACUCAAACCAGACUCGCAGAGUCCGUCCUCCUCAUGCUUCUCCUGUUAGAGAAACCACGAACUCUGGGGUCCAGACAGACCCCAGACAGAGAAGCUCAGGGGCUUAUGGUGAGGUCAGCCCACUCAUCAGCUCAGACUCUGGGUGUGGAAACACCUCAAACAACGUGUCCCCCUUCAGCUCCCACAAACAAGACCAGGCAGAGGCUGAAACCCUUACAGAGGAUUUCCAGGUUAACAAGAACUGUUCAAGGACCAUCGUCAAUCAGGGAUUCAACAAUCUUCAUCAUCCUGCAGGAACAGAGAUGGUCCAGUCCUGCUCCAGAAAAACGGCAGAAACCCAGAACAAGGCUGUUCAGGAGAAGGUAGCUCCCUGCAGACAUGGCCCCCGCAGCAUGUGGUCAGUGGACUCUCCUGGUGAGGUGGUUCCUGUGUGCAGCUCCUCUCAACAAGAGGAUCCAACCAUUCCAGAGAGACGUGUCUCCGUUCCCGACAUCCUCUUAAGCUGGAGGGGUGGCACACCGCAGGGACUCAUGCUGAAGACGUCUGACAAAGUGCUUCCCAUGAAUGACCAGCAGCUGCUGUCUGAUGAAGCCCGAGUAGAGAAAGAUGAGUCGGUUCAGCAGAGUCCAGCUGAGACCAGUCCUGUGAAGUCUGACAGAGCAGCUCUUAACAAUGAUGAAGAUGAGGGUACACAAAGUCUUCAAGACACUGACCUCCUUUUCAAGAUCCUCAGACUGCCUCUGGGUCCUCAGGACCUCCUCUCAGAGUCAGAUCUGCUGCAUUUCUGUGACAACUAUCAAGACCCCGACACAGAGACAAAUCCACAUGCAGACAGCUCGGGGAUCCCUGUCCCUCAGAUGAUGGUGGAUAGUUUUCAGAUGAAGAGAAAAAUGAACGAGUCAAUCUGGUCUGUGGAGUCUUUAGCCCCCUUCAUCCCCAAUAAAGAGGUGCCGCAGCAGAGCAGCACCUUUGAGCCUGAAGUCAUUGCUGAGAUGGUGGAGCAGGAUGAGAAUGAUGGACUUUUAACUCUGAACAAUAACUCUGUUUUUAAAGCUUGUAAAGAGAGACGGCACAGCCGCAGGAUUUCCUCCUCUGACUCAGUUCCAGUAUCAGACGGCUUGCUUGUUUUCAGUACUCCAGCUGUGAAGCAAAGUCAAUCCCAGAAGCUGAGGACAGAGAAUGAAACUGAUGUCUUUGAAACAAAAGAAUCACAGCAGGGCCAGAGCACCACUCCCUCAGCUAAAGUCCCCUCAGCUUCCUCACCUCAACUUCAGAGUAGAAUCAUUUUAUCUCCUCCUACUAGAGAGGAGGCAGAUAGAAGUUGGUCUUCUGAACCAGAGGCUGAUCGAAGCCCAAACCAGGAAUCUUCUCUUGUCGUUGAGCAAAAGGAGAAAAGUCCCUGCUCCUUUGAGCAGAGGGAAACUCUGCUCUUGAACUCUGCAGAGGAGGAGAAAAUGUCCCCUCCAUGUCAGCUGCUCCUCAAAGAUGAAGUGCACAGGAAAUCAGACGAUGGAGCCGGAGACAUCUCUGAAGUGGAUCCACCAAAAACCCAGCAUCUGAGCAUCCCAGGAACUGUCCAGAUGAUGCCUGAUGUGUCUCCAUCAAAGGGACACCUAGUGGACUGUGGCGUCCAGUGUUCAGUGAUGGAGGAUCACAAGUGUCCAUGUGAUGAGAGGAGCCGCUGUGGACCAAACAAAAGGCAUCAUUUGAAACCUUCAGGUAGUCUGCUUUUUGACUCCUCCACAUUUGACUGAAAUAAAGACAAACUUGUUCUUUUAAUAUAACCUUUUUUGGUAGAUGUGAGAAACGGCUUUAAGGGGGAGGAAUUCGGCCCGAAUGGACAGAUGCCAAAGAACCAGAGAAGAAACGGUUCAUGGAGGCACAGAGGUCAAGGUAAUGCAGCUUCUUAUAAAUGGAUGAAAGUGAAAAGACCCAAAACAAGUCCAGAUACAAACUGUUUUCAGAGCACCAAAAGGCCCAAAACAGCAAAUCUGAUUUUAAGUCUGUCUUACUGUCAACAAAGGAAAACAAGUUUCUGCCUGAGUGGAUUCAGACUUUUAUAACCAUGUAUAAAUGUUGAGUUUUCAUUGAGCUUGCUCAGUUUGGUUUAAAAUCAACUGAAUAAGCAAACUCUUAAAAAAAAAAAAAGAGGACUGAAGGGUUCCUUUUUAAUAAAUCACAGCUGACCAGGCUAGAGCUAUAGUUCCAAGUUUUCAUCUAAACAUGUUCAUCCCUGACUAAAAAACAAGAUGCACUGACUGAGAUGUCAAACUGAGGCUUUAAAGCGUUUGAUUAGAAAUGCACACUAAAACAAUCUGAGAUGUUUGAACCUGAACACUCGGGAUAAGAAGCUGACAGAGAGAAACAUCUUCUUCUGUUUGUCCACAGAGAAGCUGAACGGACAGACGGAUAAAUACAGUGGAUACUGUGGAAAAGCUGGAAGAUCCCAUGGUAAGAAUCCAAACUCCUGAGAUACUAACCUGCCUGUGGGGGAGGGUGAUCAUGUGGGCCCUGGUUUUAGCAAGGCUUUGGUGUCAAAUAGAACAGAAGGAGAUUCAAAGUGGGUAGUGUUGGCCUGGAGGUUGAAGCCUGUCUUCUACUCUCUCUGCUGCCUUGUAAUAGAUCAGUUAGGAGCAAUAACUUUAGGCACAACACGCUGUUGACCUUGUAGUAAUGAGAAAAUAAAAUGACGCUUAAAGCCACUUCUGUUGUAAGAGAUCAGACAAUCACAACCCAGAGAGCAGACAGUGAACUAUGUCUCAGCAGACUAGCAUCAGUACACAGGUUAAAGGUCCUUUCUCACUGGGAGCUUUUUUAUUUGCGCAAUUAUUUUGGACGUCAGUAUUUUUUUCGAACCCGUAUCCUGUCAAUACAAGCGUUCACAUCAGCGACGUUUUCCCGUCCUGCGAUAUUGUGGCAUUUAUUUUUAUGGAUCAUGGUCAAUUUUUCUAAAGUUUUGUAAACUGUGUGUCCACUUCUGACCAAUCAGAUUGCGUGUUGUUGCGACAUCAGAUUCACAGGUAUAUCCAACAUGGCCAACCGGCUGAUUGUUUACAUGUCAGAACAGAGUGCUUUUUGAUAAAAGACACAAAUAUUACAAAGAUAACAACCUGAAGGACAACUUGUAGAGAGUCAUAGCGUCGGAUUUCUCAAAUGACGAUGGUUUGUGUGCUUUAACAGUUUGCUAAACGUCUUUGUUUUAACUUUCAUCUGUGCUAAGUAACUUUAGCUCGAAAGCUAACCUGUUCAGAUACAACAUACCAUAUGUAUUUUCACUGUCUCAAACUCAAUCGCGUUGCUGUCACAGCACCAUUAGGUCUCGGUUGUUACCUUAUGUUUAUGGAUUAUAGUUUAAUGUAGUUUAUCUGGUACUGGCCUCGACUCAGUACAUGCUAUCAUGACAGACAGUCAUCUCAACACUAGUAUCUAAUCAGAACUGAAAAACAGUCAGUCUGCUGUUGUGUCAGUCUUCUCGCUUCCACCUGGGACACGUUUUUUUUUUUUUUUUUUUUUCCCCCAGAAAGUCGCAAAAUCGCAUUGUGCUUGAUGUGUAUAGUCAGGUGCGUCAAAAUUUGCCUCAGAAUAUUUUCUAAUUUCACAUCGCUCCCAGCGUGUAAGGACCUUAAAUUGGCAGAGGGCACUAUCUUACCAUCUGUAUGUAGUACCAGUCCAAAAAAAUGAGAAAUAUCUGAACAAAAGAAGAAUUUAGGAUUAUUAUAUGAAAAUCAGUUUAAAAGGGACUAGAGGCUUUUUUCUUUUUUUUUUCCUGGACAAAGGUUAACAUCCUCAUCAUGCUGAGGGCAGAGUCAAUGCAUUUCUCCUCUGGUUUUGUCUCUCAGAAUGGUCUAUCAGCAAAAUCCAUGUUCAAUGUAUGUAUAGUCUACAGCAUGUACUUUUAAUGUUUACUUUUUUCUUCAGGAAGGAAUCACCGGUACUAAGCCCUGACUGUGUUCUCUUCAGGACAUAACUCGUUUUUAACUCGUUUGAUAUUGAAAUGUCAUUAAAUGAAAAGUCAUAUUAUGGCUCAAUAAAUAUUUUGUAUAUCUAAUAAAACCUGUAGUUUUUCUUUCUU